AUGUCUGAAGCAGCUCUUCACCGCAGACCGAGCACAGAGGACCUGGAGGACGAGCUGCUUCUCUCUCAGCUCAGUCAGCCCAUCGGCAGCGAGGCAGCAUGGACGUCCCAGCAGUGUGUUCCUACUGCGGAGCACACAGAGAUGGUGAGCUGGACUGAUGCUCUGUCCACUGAGUCACUAAGGCACCGGCUGCAGCUCUUCGAGUACGACUGUGUGGUUUUUGACUGCGAGGGUCCCGACCCGUCCAGCCCGGGGACGGUGAGGCGAAGAGUCCGAGGUGUGGAGACCUCCUGUGGAUCGGAUUCAGAGAGUUCAGAGGGACACUGUGAGAUCUGUCCAGCCUUCAUCUUUGACAGUGGCGAGUACUGGUGCCUCGGCGAAGGAGGAGAAAGGAGCGACUCUGUCAACAUCACUGUUACAGUUGGUCCCUUGAUCCUGGAGAGUCCCGUCCUCCCUGUGACAGCAGGAAAAAAAGUGACUCUGCGGUGCCAGACCAACACCAACGCCUCGGACGUAGUAGCAGACUUCUACAGGAAUGGUAGUUGGCUGAAAACAGGCUACAGAGGAACCAUGGUGAUUUACAGGGCGUCUGUGAAGGACAGUGGACUCUACAAGUGUGCCGUGUCUGGUUAUGGAGAGUCAGCAGAGAGCUGGCUGGUUGUUCGAGGCUCCUCAUCUGUCCUCAAAGACGAGAUUCCUUCUGACCAGCAUCUCUCCUCCUGGUGGAUCAGUGUGACCAUCGUAGCUCUACUGUUACUGGCAUUGGGAGCAGUGGCCUAUGUUUCUUCAAAGAGACGGCGACUCAGAGGGCGGUCAGCUGAACCUCCACCAGUGUAUGCAGUUCCUGAAGUAAAUCUUCCAGAUCACCCCGUCUACGCUGAAGUAACCAAAAAGUCACGAGCGAGGCCAGCCACCGCCGCUCCCUCGCCACAUGACCACCAAUAUGGGGAAGUUGAAGAUUAUCCUUUGUACAGCCUCGUUCAGGUACGGAAAUCAUUGUGUGGUUACAGGGUGUUUUUAAUUUGGAAUUGCAGAGCAGCUCUUCACCACAGACCGAGCUCAGAGGAACUGGAGGACGAGCUGCUUCUCUCUCAGCUCAGUCCGUCCGUCGGCAGCGAGGCAGCAUGGACGUCCCAGCAGUGUGUGAGUACUCUCCUUCUUCACAACGCCACUAACCAAAGCCUGGAGCCACUCGUCUCUCUUCUUCUUGUGUCUCCAGACUUCCUCCUGCUGCUCCACAUUCUGCUGGAAGGUUCCUGCUGUGGAGCAGGCAGAGACGGUGAGUCUUCUCUGCGUAUCAUUCCCAGCCGGCUGCAGGUCUUGGAGUACGACUGUGUAGUCUUCGACUGUGAGGGUCCCGACCCAUCCAUUCCAGGGACGGUGAGGCGAAGAGUCCGAGGUGUGGAGACCUUCUGUGGGUCGGAUCCGGAGAGUUCAGUGGGACACUGUGAGCUCUGUCCAGCCUUCACCUUUGACAGUGGCGAGUACUGGUGCCACGGCGAAGGAGGAGAAAGAAGCGACUCUGUCAACAUCACUGUUGGUCCCUUGAUCCUGGAGAGUCCCGUCCUCCCUGUGACAGCAGGAGAAAAAGUGACCCUGCGGUGCCAGACCAACACCAACGCCUGGGACGUAGUAGCAGACUUCUACAGGAACGGCAGUCUGUUGGAAACGGGCUACAGAGGAACCAUGGUGAUUUACAGGGUGUCUGUGAAGGACAGUGGACUCUACAAGUGCGCCGUGCCUGGUUAUGGAGAGUCAGCAGAGAGCUGGCUGGUUGUUCGAGGUGGUCCAUUGAUCCUGGAGAUUCCCGUCCUCCCUGUGACAGCGGGAGAUAAUGUGACCCUGUGGUGCCACACCAACACCAAUGAAUCAGACGUGAUAGUGGACUUCUACAGGAACGGCAGUCUGUUGGAAACGGGCUCCAGAGGAACCAUGGUGAUUUACAGGGUGUCUGUGAAGGACAGUGGACUCUACAAGUGUGCCGUGUCUGGUUAUGGAGAGUCAGCAGAGAGCUGGCUGGUUGUUCGAGACCAAAUUCCUUCUGACCAGCGUCUCUCCUGGUGGAUCACUGUGACCAUCGUAGCUCCACUGUUGCUGGCAUUGGGAGCAGUGGCCUACGUUUCUUCAAAGAGGCGGCGACUCAGAGGGCGGUCAGGUGAACCUCCACCAGUGUCCGGACAUCCUGUUUAUGAAAAUGUUCGAGAACGAACCAUCUACGAUGAAGUUGACUUCACCACCAAAAAGUCACGAGCAAGGCCACCACCAGUGCUCCCUCAUCACAUGACCACAGAUUUGAGGAAGUAGGAGACUUUCCUUGAUACAGCCUCGGUCAGUGACUACGGAUGUAAAUGGGCCUUGUGGCUACAAUCUGGCAUAUUUACGUCUGUUAUUGUCUGGCAAUGCUGAUGUUCAUUUAUGUACACUGUCCCUAUAAAGUGGAUUAAAAAAUAAAUAAAUAAAUAAUUAAAUCCCUGAGGUAAACCUCAAGUUAAAGGUAAACCUUAUUGAAUGUUUUCUUGCAUUCAUUGCAGUUUAUUUAAUGUUGUUACUUUAUUAAUUUUUUUCUAAAUGUUUCAUUAUAUUUGAGUUAUUUCAUAUCUUCUUCUCAUCUAACUUCAUUUUGUAGUAUUAUGAAGUGUUCUGAACUUUAUUAUAUUAAUUCGACUUCAGCUGAGCUGUGACAAACAGCUGAAACAUGAUCAACCUCAGUGCAUUAAUAAACAUUAAUUCAUUAGAAUUAAAUACAUUUCUGUGAAUGUUAAGAUUUUGCUCACCAAUUACAAUUUAAAAUUAAAACUUGAGUAAAGAUCAGAAACAAGCUAAAUUCUGCUUUUGAAAUCUUUGUUUGUUUCUGAGACAUUUCAAUUCAAACCUUCCAGGCUGCAGAGUUUGUGAGAACAGACGACGUCUGACUGAAUUUCCUGUUU